AUGGAGGAGCAAAGUAGCGGCGGUGAGGCGGCGGCGAAGGUGCCUCUGCUGGAGCCACGGCCGGCGGGGGACCACUACAACGGGGCAGGAGGAGGAGGAGGAGCCGCGGCGGUGGUCGUCGGCAAGGCGGACGAGGCGGAGUGGUCGGCGGAGCCGCUGCCUCGGCGGGCGUGGGAGGAGAACAAGCGGCUGUGGGUGGUGGCGGGGCCCUCCAUCUGCGCGCGCUUCGCCUCCUUCGGCGUCACCGUCAUCAGCCAGGCCUUCAUCGGCCACAUCGGCGCCACCGAGCUCGCCGCCUACGCGCUCGUCUCCACCGUCCUCAUGCGCUUCAGCAACGGCAUCCUGCUGGGCAUGGCGAGCGCGCUGGAGACGCUGUGCGGGCAGUCGUACGGCGCGAAGCAGUACCACAUGCUGGGCAUCUACCUGCAGCGGUCCUGGAUCAUCCUCUUCGCCUGCGCCAUCGUCAUGCUCCCGAUCUACCUCUUCACGGCGCCGCUGCUCGUCGCGCUGGGCCAGGACCCGGACAUCUCGGCGGUGGCGGGGACCAUCUCGCUCUGGUACAUCCCCGUCAUGUUCUCCUACGUCUGGUCCUUCACGCUGCAGAUGUACCUGCAGGCGCAGAGCAAGAACAGCAUCAUCACCUACCUGGCAUUGCUCAACCUCGGCCUCCACCUCCUCCUGUCCUGGCUCAUGACCGUCAAGUUCCAGCUCGGUCUGGCGGGGGUCAUGGGGUCCAUGGUCAUCGCCAUGUGGAUCCCCGUGUUCGGGCAGCUUGCCUUCGUCUUCUUCGGUGGCUGCCCUCACACGUGGACCGGGUUCUCCUCGGCUGCGUUUGCUGACCUCGGUGCCAUCAUUAAGCUCUCGAUAUCUUCUGGUGUCAUGCUCUGUUUGGAAUUGUGGUACAACACCAUAUUGGUGCUGCUCACAGGGUACAUGAAGGAUGCAGAGGUUGCACUUGACGCCCUUUCAAUAUGCCUCAACAUCAACGGUUGGGAGAUGAUGAUUUCUUUCGGGUUUUUGGCUGCAACAGGAGUGCGAGUGGCAAAUGAGCUUGGAGCUGGAAGUGCAAGAAGGGCAAAGUUUGCCAUUUACAAUGUGGUCAUCACCUCUUUCUCGAUCGGAUUUGUGUUGUUUGUGCUCUUCCUUCUCUUCCGUGGAGGCCUUGCCUACAUAUUUACUGAUAGUCAAGCGGUAGCUGAGGCAGUUGCCGACCUUUCGCCUCUGCUAGCCUUCUCCAUAUUGCUGAACAGUGUUCAGCCUGUGCUAUCAGGCGUCGCUGUCGGCGCAGGUUGGCAAAGCGUAGUCGCCUAUGUCAACGUCACUUCGUACUACCUGAUUGGCAUCCCUCUUGGAGCAGUCCUGGGCUAUGUGGUGGGAUUUCAAGUGAAGGUGAUAUACAGAGUUCGGUGUUUACCAUUGUGGAACUCUAGAAAAAUGUUGGCUUUAAAUCCUUGCUCUCCUUGGUUGUUCAUCGUAGGGCAUUUGGAUUGGCAUGCUGCUCGGAACACUAGUCCAAACUAUUGUGCUUCUGUUCAUAACAUUAAAGACCGACUGGGAUAA